AUGAAGAUCCCGGCUCGAGUGGUGGACGGCCCCUCCGUCUGCAGCGCGGUGCUGUCAAAUUGCCGCUCAGCUACGACUUUGCCCAGGACUGGCAACGCAACGACGCCGAUAGUAUCGUCUAGACGCUUUGGUGUCCCUAGUGACGCGUAUCGAAAGCAUCCGAGUCGGAGGCAGCUUGGCGGUGGCUCCUUCUUCUGCUCGAGGACGUCUCACUGGCUCUACUCGACCUUUACCCCAAUCUCCGACCCCAGGACGUCUUCCUCGUCGCCCUCCCCACGUCGAGAUGCCGCGUACACGACGACGGCGGUGGCGAGAAAGCCGGUGCCCGACACUGCCGAACCCCGCGAUGAUUGCUCGCCGACUCAACAGCCGCAGCAGCACCGACAGCACGCAUCUCCUGUCCACGACAGGGGAGAGCUCCUGUCCUACGUCCCACUCGAAGGCCAGAGCUCCGUCGACGAGCACUUUGAUUUCUACAGAGACCCGUUCAGACGAGGGUAUGCACAACCUGACGGACCGAAGCUGCUGGUGUCGGAGAAGAGGCUCGAUGUCGAAUACCCGCCGCGGGAGGAUAUAUACGCCGGCAACGACAAGGUUCGGGCCAGCGUGGCCAGCCUCUGCAGCGCCAUCGGCCUCAAGAUGCGGCACCCGCACCGAUCGACGCUCGAGUCUGUUUACAAGCUGUACCUCGAGCUCCCGGAGCCACGCAUGCUUAACCUGACGGGCCAGUGGCGCAACCGGCUGCUGCGGAUCAUGGGCACGCCGCCGAGGCGGAACCUGCAGUCGAUGCUGCGGUACUUUGCCCUGGUGGCCGAUACCAAGAAUGCCGGGCUCACGCUCCGCCGCACGCAGUGGAACUACGCGCUGGCCUUCGCCACCAAGUACACGGCCCGGGCCGGGAUGCAGGAGGCGGACGCGGCGUUGCGCAUGUGGCGCGAGAUGGAGCGGGACGCCAAGAUCCCCGGCAACGACGUCACCUUCAACGUGCUCUUCGAUGUGGCGGCCAAGGCGGGCAACUUCACGCUGGCCGAGAUGCUGUACAACGAGAUGGACAACCGCGGGAUCGAGUUCAACCGCUUUCACCACGUCAGCCUCAUCUUCUUCUUCGGCCUGAAGCUGGACUCGUCCGGCAUCAGGGCGGCGUACCGCGAGAUGGUGGAGUCGGGCGAGAUGAUCGACACGGUGACCCUCAACUGCGUCAUCUCGGGCUUCCUGCGGUGCGGCGAGGAGGCGGCCGCCGAGGAGACGUACCGGCGGAUGAGGGGCGGCAACACGCCCACGGCCGACAUGCCGGAGCGCGACUACAUGACGGCCAAGGUGGUGACCAAGGUGCUCAUGAUGUUCUCCAAGGUCGGCAAGGACCACCCGCAGCUCAAGCAGUCGUUCCAGACAAACGUCCAGCUGGCCCCCGACCUGCGCACCUACCGUAUCCUCAUCGAGCACUACGCCGUCAAGCUCGGCGACCUGUCCACCGUGGCCCGGUACCUCGACGAGAUGAGGUUCCAGAGGAUCGCCGUGCAUCCGACGAUCUUCCUCGCCCUCUUCAAGGGCUUCUACGUCCACGGCGGCUUCCCCGGCUCGCAGUGGAGCACGUCGCGCCUCGAGGGCGUCCUCAAGGCCAUGCGCGAGGCACGCGACGGGAACGCUCGUGGCUUCCUCAUCGACCGCUGGCUCGUCAUCUGGGCCCUACGCGCCGUCGGCAAGUGCUCCACGCCCGACGCCGUCAUCGAGACGUUCGACGACCUCGCCAAGAGGUGGGACGUGGCCCCCUCGAGGGAGCCCUUCCUGCACGCCCUCCUGGACAACAUUGUCCGCGGCCGCGAUCUCAAGUCCAAGGACGCCAAUGACAAUGGCACCCUGCACCGUGGGUACAACGCACCCAACAAGCGACCUGCAUCAUCGGAAUAUAAGAUACCAUACUAG